AUGGGGAGAACUUUUGCCAAAAGGUCCCAAAAAGAGCAGGGUCAUAAAGGAUAUGCUUUGAAUUCUUUUGAAAUAUCCGCCUGGAAUUUUCUGAAGCCACAAAAACAUCGUCUCAUAUCUCAUGCACUCUCUGUGUCUUCUACUUCAACAUUACCAUGCUCAAAUUCUCACGACAAUCAAAUCUUACAGCUCAGCAGCUCGACCGGGUAUCGAGUUCGAAACCAAGGCCUGCUUCUAAGGUGUGAAUCAUCUUCAGCAGAAGGGUUGCCAGCAAGAAGCUCAAGGCUUGAAGUAGGGUCUCGCAUAAUUGUGGUUGAAGCACCCAAAAUGAUAAAGGCGGUAGCAUCAGUUCCAUGCCUCAGAGUUAAUUCUGGCUUGGUCAAGCCUGGAGAUUUAGGAAGAAUUGUUUCAAGACGGCCCAAGGAUGUGCGGGCUGUUCGUUUGGCAAUUGGCACCUAUCUUUCAGAUGGGAAAUACUUCAAAGCUUUGAAAUUUGAUGAAUGA